UCGAUUGGACGACGCCGUCGACGAAGGAGGCGUCGUGACGUCACGAGGCCGAAUCGAUCUGCGAGAAGCAGCCGGUGUCUCCACGUUAUUUCGACGUCCCGGCACAUCUGGAACGUCUUUCACGAGCGUCGUGGCACGUUCUGUUAUUGUUUCUUGGAAUUUCGAAUUAUAUUUAGAAAUUCCCAGUACGCGAAGGCAUUUCAAAAACGAGACUGUUGAUCCAGGUCCACGUGCACGCACGCGUGCCUGUGACGCAACACGUAACAGUGACGUAAUGACUGACGCACAGGAUGACCGUCGUGGCGCUCGCGUCGACGUCUCGUCGUGUUCCUUAAGGGAGUUUCUUACCUAAACGGGAACGCGAAAGUCCCUCUCGAUCGUCGGGCGACUCGGUGCCUUGUGAUUCUGUGCUUUCCUUGGGAAUAUUUAUUCGUUUCGAAAGAGUCCUCGGUCUGGAGAAUUAUUCGUAAACAGCAAACGGUUGCCGAGCAACGACAACUUCGUGGGAGACGGUCGAAUGCAAUUUUGACAUAGCUUCGGUACAGUUUCAGUGUUAACCUCGAAAUUUAAGUCGCAUUGUUUUCGAGAUAGAAAGAACACGACAGUGCUUCUGUCCAAGGAUUUAUGUGUUGUUAUUACGUCACUUGGGAUUUCUGUGUGUCCUAGUGGGCGUUCUGGAAACUGGGAAAUCAAUGUGACCGGAAGUGUCCAUAAGGCUAGUCGCAACCAUGAGGGGCGUCAGUGGUGUCAGCCCUGCGAUGGUCACCGUGCCCGCCUCUGCAUCCCUCAACAUAAUGACAGCCGACGACAGCAUGAGCGACGACGUGUUCGAGGUCGACGAGGAACUUUUGGGUCUCAAGGACGCCGACGACGUCCCAGGACUAGCCCCGGCGACGGGCGAGGACUCGACGACGGUGGCGCCAUCGCCGACGGGUUACCGCGAUUACAAACCACCGGCGGAAGUCCUCGUGGACACUUACAGUUCGCGCGAUCCUGCCGAUCGCGAUUACAAGAUCAGCGGGAGCGUCCUCAAGGUGGACACGCACGAGGACGGCAUCGCUCACAAGACGAUACUGUUGGGCGACAGCGGUGUCGGCAAGACGUCCAUCUUGGUUCAGUUCGACAUCGGAAAAUUUCAAAUGGGAAACUUCGCAGCGACCGUCGGCAUCGGCUUCACGGUGAUGCUACUCGGAGACAGCGGCGUGGGGAAGACCUGCCUCCUGGUGCAAUUCCGCGACGGAUUCUUUCUAUCUGGAAACUUCAUAUCCACCGUGGGCAUCGAUUUCAGGAACAAAGUCGUUACCGUUGACGACACCCGGGUCAAACUUCAGAUCUGGGACACCGCAGGCCAGGAAAGAUUUCGCAGUGUCACUCACGCCUACUACAGGGAUGCUCAUGCACUGCUGCUCCUCUACGACGUGACGAACAAGACGAGUUUCGAUAACAUCAGGGCCUGGCUGGUUGAGAUCCGGGAGUAUGCACACGAGGACGUCGUAAUAAUGCUACUGGGCAACAAGGCCGACUGCGGCGCCGAGAGGGCAAUCAAACGAGAAGACGGCGAACGAUUGGCUCGCGAGUACAAGGUUCCAUUCAUGGAGACUUCAGCGAAAACGGGACUCAACGUGGAACUGGCAUUCAUAGCGGUCGCUAGGGACCUGAAGGCUAGAAAGAGUGGCAACACUGACGAGACCAGGUUCAACGUGCAGGACUACGUGCGUCAGCAGUCCCAAAGAAAUUCUUGCUUUACCUCAAACUGCUUAACGACGUGAGCUGAGUGAUAGGAGUGACGCGCAGCAUCUUCCUCUUGGCCUGGAUUAAGAGAUAAGGGACCCAAUUGGCGAAAACCAAGUCGACGCUGCUUUCCUACUGUCUUGAUCAUCUCGAUGCGUCGCCGGAUGCGUUUUCGACGAUUUUUAGAUAAUUCGUGCUGGACGUACAAAGAGAGAAUGAAAAAUUUAUAGUAAAAUAGAGAAGGAGCACAGGUAGAGAGGAUAAUAAAAAAAAUUUCAUGCGCUAGUUUCAAGUAACAAGACACUCACGGCGGCCACCAUUUCUGUCUGGAGAGGCUUAAGGAUGUGGCUCUGUAGAGGCGCGCGAGGAGCCGCUCAUUCUUGUUGAGUAGAUAGAGAUAUAUCGACGGUUAAUUAUGUACUGUAAAUUAAUGUGAAUAGGCUGGGCUUGUUAGAGAAUUUUCUAGCACGACGGUCGUAACGAGACCUCCCACUUAUCGUUGCGUUAACCUUAGCCACCUACAGAUGCCAGAUACAUCUAUACCUGUAACUGUGUAUCCUGAGGUUACGCUCAGUCGUGUUUGCGUCUUGGCCCUUUGGCGAAUCACUUGAGUAAUUAGCAUCCCGUGCACUUGCUUGGCUGCCUUGCAAAUAAAGGUUCCCAUUUGUACAGUGGGAAGAACCCAAGUUAGUCCUUGUGGCAACUGCUUGUACGUAAACGGCUGUAACAGAGGGAUGAUCGAUUGAAGCGAAUUGUAUAGCUAUAUAUUGUUUUCGAUUAAUGCCGAUAAAACUCGCAGUCAAUUUUUAAUAUUUAAAAAAAAAACGUGGCCGUAGUUGAAUAAAAUGCGCAUAAAUUUAAUUUUUACUGUAAUACAUUGAUGUGUCUCUUUUUUUUUUUUUUUGUAAAAAAAGGGACUUAUGGUAUUUAUACUAAUGGAUUAUUGAUGGAUACGCGUGUAAAACUUCUCUCUCGGCCUCAGUAAAUGUUUUUGAAAAUCGCAUAAUUUUUUUAUAAUUGAGAAAUUGCGGGGCCGGCUUUAUAUUUAGAUUUGCACAAAGCACUCAGCGUUUUAUAAGAUUUGUUAAGUUUUCCUAAUUCUUCUUUACGUACUUUUAACGAGAUAUCGUACAAGUAUAGCAGUAGCGUACGUAACAGUUUUUCCACGUGAUUCGUUCUAUUGUCUUCACUGUGUUUUGGGAUGGAAAUGAUAACUUACAAAUCUACGCGAGACCUACGAAUUUGCCAUUGAAAAAAUUUAUUGGACAGAAAUAUAACGAAUCAUUUCGCGAGCUCGUUUUAUUUGAAGUGUACAUACACAUAAUUAACUAUCAAACGGCAGGUACUCGUAUUACGUGUAAAAUAUGUAUCGGAAUAUUAUACGUAUAAAAUAAAGAUACCUGGCCAAAUCA